AUGUUAGCACUUCUGCAAACAGCCCUCUUGCUUCUCGUCUUCGGUGGUGAAGGACACGCGUACGAUGCCUCGAGGAAUGACAACCUUGCAGUGUACUACGGCCAGAACUCUUACGGAGCCACCCAUCCGAACGACGAGGCCAACUGGCAGCAAGCUCUCUCGACGUACUGUCAGGACGACACCAUCAACGCGUUCCCGCUUGCAUUCUUGGACGUGUUCUUCGGGACUGGCGGCGAGCCGUCCAUCAACCUUGCCAACACCUGCAAUGACGUCGACAACCCCGUCUUUUCCGGGACCGACCUUCCCAACUGUCAGUUCAUGGCCGCAGACAUCCAAGCGUGCCAGGCGAAGGGCAAGAUCGUAACGCUCAGCAUGGGCGGUGCCACCGGUGCGGCCACUUUCACUUCUGACGCCCAAGCGCAGGCGUUCGCGACGCAGAUCUGGAACCUCUUCCUUGGCGGUACUUCGGACAUCCGUCCAUUCGGAGCUGCCGUGCUAGAUGGUAUCGACCUUGACAUCGAAGGAGGUGGAAGCACAGGUCUCGCAGCCUUCGUCACCCAGAUUCGCACUCUGGCCGCUGGAGCAAGCAAGACCUACUAUAUCACCGGGGCCCCCCAAUGUCCCUUCCCUGACGCAUUCCUUGGCUCCGUCAUCAACAGCGUUGGGUUCGACGCUCUUUACGUUCAAUUCUAUAACAACUUCUGUGGUCUCACCAACUUCGACAACCCCAAUGACUGGAACUUCGCAACUUGGGACAACUGGGCAAAGACGACGUCACCGAACAAGAACGUCAAGAUUUUCAUAGGCGCUCCUGCGUCCCCUACUGCAGCUGGCUCUGGAUACGUCGACUCCACGACAUUGGCGAGCAUCAUCUCGCAGACGCGUAGCCAGUUCUCGUCUUUCGGCGGUGUGAUGCUAUGGGAUGCGUCGCAGGCAUUCGCCAACGGCCGGUACGAUCUCGCUGUCAAGAGCGCGUUGACCAAUGGUGGCUCUUCGGUCCCGACGAGUUCUACGGUGAGCAGCAGCAAGACGAGCACCACGAGCACCUCGACCUCUAAGACCACUUCGACGACCUCGAAGCCGGCCUCUACUUCGACUACAACCUCGUCCGCUCCCUCCACUACGACGAGCACCGCUACAAGUGGGAGCUGUGCAGGCGUCGCUGCUUGGCAGAGCAACGUAGCGUACACCGGUGGAGAGCAAGUCACGUUCAACGGUCACCUCUGGACAGCCAAGUGGUGGACUGAAGCGGACCAACCUGGCGGUGUUGCCGGAGACUGGACCGACGAUGGUGCCUGCACAACCGCAGGCCCUGUCAAAGGUGCUGCCCCGGAAGCGUCGCUCACGCCCGCCUCAGCCGCUUCGCACGUUUCAUCUGCUUCCGCCAAGACCUCGGGCUCUGCUGCGGUUUCCAGCGCGGCGGCUCCCACUCUCAAGGGCCCAUCCAGCGCCGUCAAGACCGCCUCCGCAGCAAGGACGGGCUCUGCGGCUGUGGAGAGCGCCUCCGCCGCCGCGAACACGAAGAGCUCGCGCUUCUUCCGCCUUUGAGCGCGCGAUUCGUUCAUCAGAUCUAUACCCUCCGCACAUGACCACGCUCUUUCUUUCUCAUGACACAUGACGCAAAAAGGUAUUUAUGUGCCGUUUACCUGGGUUUUGUACUUGUGCAGGC